GAGCCGCGCUCAAAAGCCUCAUCUGAGUUCCCAAAGGACUGACGGACCAGAGAGACAUCCUCCCAACUGCUGCAGCAUCUGGCACCAGAGGCAGAGAGCAGCGGGACGCGCGCGGAGCCACCUGUACAUUGCCAGAGCACUUGCUGCGUGCAGGUCAACACGGAGCUGCGCACUUCGCAGGAAGCCACCUGGAAUUCAGCGUGUCUCGUUGGUGUGGUCAGAGAUGCAGGAGGGGAAUCUGAGCAGCACUCUAGGCGUUAACUCCACUGAGUGUGCGCCCAUCGAUGACUUCCGCAACCAGGUUUACUCCACCGCCUACUCCAUCAUCACGGUGUUCGGCCUGGUGGGGAACGGCUUCGCGCUGGUGGUGCUGAUCAGGACCUACCGCCAGAGCUCGCCCUUCCACGUCUACAUGUUGAACCUGGCUGUGGCCGAUAUUCUGUGUGUCUGCACUCUCCCGCUCCGCGUCAUCUACUAUAUCAGGAAGGGAGACUGGUGCCUGGGAGACUUUCUCUGUCGCAUCAGUUCCUACGCCCUCUAUGUCAACCUCUACUGCAGCAUUUACUUCAUGGCUGCCAUGUCCGUCACCCGUUUCCUGGCCAUUGUGUUCCCUGUGCUGAAUUUGCGGCUGGUGACAGAGCGCCGUGCACGCCUGGUGUGUGUUGGCAUCUGGGUGUUUAUUUGUCUCUCCUCCUCCCCCUUCCUGAUGUCAGGUGCGUCCUUCGACCCCAAAACAAACAAAACCAAGUGCUUCGAGCCCCCGAGGAGUGCAGGUCUAAAGAAACUGCUCAUGCUCAACUACCUGUCCCUGGUGAUGGGCUUCGUCCUGCCCUUCCUCAUCAUCCUGCUCUGCUACGCCGGCAUCAUCCGCACCCUACUGUCCCGCAACCAUGCCGCCCGACGUCAACGGGAAACAGGCAGCAAGGCCAUCCGUUUGAUCGUCAUUGUCAUGCUGGCCUUCCUUAUCAGCUUCAUGCCGUACCACGUGCAGCGCACCAUCCACCUCAGCUUCUUGGCCCGGUCUGACACUUCCUGUGAAGAGCGGUUAGCCAUGCAGAAGUCUGUGGUGGUGACGCUGUGCCUGGCUGCAGCCAAUUCAUGCUUUGAUCCACUGCUCUAUUUCUUCUCUGGAGAGGGCUUCCGCAGCCGCAUGUCCACCUUGCGCUACUCCACCAGGGGCAGCACCGUGCACGCAGCCCCGCUCACUCCCGCUGCAGGCCCGGACUCAGGCGAAAACAGCCAGUUAAAGGCCAGUUAAUUAGAAGUAGGCAUGAAGGUCAGAUUGAAUGACUUUAACAAAAGAUUUCAGGAUAAAGUAUACCUUCAUUAAACAUGAAUGAAGGAGAGGAGGUGAAAGAUGCAGAAGGGGAGGAUGAGAUAUAAAAACAAGACAAAAGCUUCAGGCAGACAAGGGCAAGUGGUCUGAUCAGCUAGACACAAAGUCUUAGGAUUGAAUUUCACAUUCAAAUUGAGUAUUUAUUAUUCUAAAUUGUACACGUUGCUAAAUGUGUAUAUGCUCACACACUCCAAAUCAUCUUUUGACAGUAAGUGAGUGGAGCGGAGUGUGUCAAUGCAACAAAUGCACUGUAGUCUAAAACUAGAAACAUAACUUUGCACCACAAAUGCAAAUGUGUAGUGAUGUAUGAAUGUAUUGUAAGUCGUGUCUCAUGUGUUCAUGAAGCUUGAGUCAUUCAAUUGUAUUGUGUUGCGGUGUACAUCUUACCUCUGUAUUACAAG